AUGGGUGGGUUAAAUGGAAACAGCCCAAGAGCCUCUCCAAGGAAAACAUUUAGCCCAAAAAACUCUCCAAGAAAAACAAACACAACUCUAAAACAACUCCUUUUAGAUUCAAGGAACAUGACAAGUUCUCUUGAUUCUGAGACAGAGGAAUUGCUUUCUCUAAUAUCUUACUGUUCUUUCACAUACACUUUCACUGAUCCACAAGAAUCUCCUUCACAACAAGAUUUAAAGAGGCUAAAACUCAUCCAACUCCUUUCCAUCAUCAAGACUCUCAUAAAACCACUUGAUGAUGAUCAACUACUUUCACCCCUUUUCAUAAUGUUGUCAUCUAAUCUUUUUAGGCCACUCCCUCCAUCAAUUCAUUCUGUCGUCUCAGUAUUACCAGAUGACGAUGAUCUUGUCAGCAAUCCAACACCCUCCUGGCCACACUUGCAAAUCGUUUACGACAUUUUCCUCAGGAUUGUUAGUAGAACAUGUGUUGAAUCCCUCCGUAUCUACAUAGACCACGCUUUCCUCCUUAGUCUCCUCGCGUUGUUCCAAUCUGAAGAUCAAAGAGAACGCGACAACUUGAAGAAUGUGUUCCACAGAAUCUAUUCAAAGUUAACAUUCUACAGACCAUUCAUGAGAAAGACUAUGCAUGAUGUAUUCUUGCACUAUGUUUUCGAGACUGAUCAAAGGCACCCUGGAAUUGGAGAGCUUCUUGAAAUAUGGGGCACAAUUAUAAAUGGAUUUAGUGUUCCUUUGAAAGAAGAACACAAGUUUUUCUUGAAUAGAGUUCUUGUCCCUUUGCAUAAACCAAAAGGGAUGCAAGUUUAUCAUAGGCAGUUGGCUUAUUGUGUAUCUCAGUUUGUGCAAAAAGAGCCUGAGCUUGGUGAGGUUGUUAUAAGAGGCAUAUUGAAGUACUGGCCUAUUACAAAUUGCCAGAAGGAAGUUCUGUUUAUUGGUGAAUUGGAAGAACUUGUGGAGACUGUUGAUCCACAAUUGUACAAGGAACUUGCCCUGCCAUUGUGCACCAAAAUUACCAAGUGUUUAAACAGUUGGAACUCGCAGGUUGCUGAACGCGCAUUGUAUGUGUGGAACAAUGAGCAAUUCUGGAAGAUGGCAUCACAAGCAAUGGAACAAGUCUUUCCAGUUCUAGUGGAAGGGAUGGAGAAGAAUUUGCAAGGACAUUGGAGCAAAAGUGUUCGACAAUUGACAGAGAAUGUGAAGGGAAUGCUGGAAGCUCUUGCACCAUUUCUCUAUUCCAAGUGCCUUCUACAGCUUGAAAUCCAAGAAGCCGGUGAACGCAUAGAAGAGAUGAGAAGAAAAGAAAUUUGGGAAAAAAUUGAAAAUGCAGCAAUGUAAUAAGAGAACAUACUGUAAAUGCAUUUCAUAAUCAACACAUAUAAAAGAGGCCUUGAUAGUGACUGUUUCCCACAGCAUCAUAUCCUCUGACU